ACAUCUCGGAAAUACGCUAGGAUCUUGUACAUCAAUAAGCUGAGGGUGAUGAAUUCGUAGACAAUAUCAAUCGCAUACGGCACGACCCAGACGUCUUUGACCGAACUGACCAUGACUUCACAAGAGACUGAGAUCACCGGGAGGUUGGAUGUCACAGACUGCCCCCAAACAGUUGUGACAAUAUCCUUCUGUGAGAUAUAGAUGGCUGGAACAAGGCAUGCAAUCGUAAGACAGAUGUAGAAAAUCAAUAUUCUCCGAUCAUGUUGCCAGACUGCCCAUGUUCUCGCUACGAAAAUGACUGUGAUAUGUAGGACACCUCCUAAUCAGCAUCACGAAAUGCUGUCAGAGCAUCAAAACAGCAACUUGCAAUCAGCGAAACUGAUCGUAAUGAGCCGUAUGCAAGUCAGAACAUUGCUUAGUGUGACCGUCGCCGGCAACAAAUUAAUAACUGCACCGGCAAACGCAGGAUAUCGAGCCAAGAAGAACAGUACGCGUCCGACACUGAGUCGUUUUGGCACCCACAAAAAGCGAACCUCUUCUGACAACGUAAGGGUAUAGUCGUAAAAAAGGAGUGCACUGCUAGCCACGGAGAUGCUCAACGACAGUCUCCGAUCAGCCAGACACUGGACAAAAUCAUGCAAUUGUGCACCUGAAAGCGAGCUGGAGUCGAGAGUCAUCCGUCACAAGUACAAUUCGAGGUUCUAUCAGAACCGCCAAUCACAUACUUUCCUUCAAGUGCUAGCUAAUCGGACGAGAAACAAGAGUGCAACAAACCGACCAAACGGUUG